CAACUACAAAUAUUGUAAAUUACCGCCAAAUUCAAAUAUUUCCACUCCUGUCAACGUAAAUUUUGAGGUUAUAACGACACAACAUGAACGAGACAGUAGUAACUCUAGAAAUUCAAGGAACCCCAAUACAGUGCAGUCGUACUGACCUUAUCCAAAACAGCGACUACUUUAAAGCAAUGUUUGAAGGCAACUUCAUCGAAAGCGAAAAAAAAGUGAUAACUUUAAACGAAGUGGAGCCUGAGGCAAUGAAGACAAUUUUAAAACUCCUGUGGGACAAAGAACACGUAAUCAGCGAACGAAAUAUCCUUUCGGUUCUACAAGCCGCUUGUAUGCUGCAAUUUUUACAAGUUAAAGAAACCUGCAUUGAACAAGUCGAGCGCUCUUUAUCAGUCAACAAUUGCUUGAAAAUUUGGGUGCACACGGAGCACCUAGUUCUAAAAAACGUGUACUGCAAAGCGAAACUGUUGGCUUUAAUGGAGUUUGAACUGGUUAAAAAGACAGAUUAUUUUUUUGAAUUGACGCUCGAUGAAGUUGUUAAUUAUUUAGGGAACGUUAAUCUUCAGUGUUUGAGUGAAUUUGAUGUCUGGGAGACCGUUGUUACGUGGUAUGAAAAUUUAGAAGAACAGAAAGCAGAAGUGUGGUUGAAACUGCUGCCUUGUAUUAAUUUCACAGCAGUUACAAUUGAUCAAAUUGAUGACAUGAUUUCUAGUCGAUGUGUGGCUAAACACGACUUCGUUUGUAGCGUUUUAAGGUGUGUCAUUGCGGUUAAAAAAAGUGACGAUUUGUAUAAUUUCAGUGAAAAGUGUGUAAAUUACGCCAAAAUGCUGCUUUUAUCUAAAGAGAGAAAUUCACUUGGGUUUCCAUGUAUUUUAUUGGAUAACGUUCAACCCAAACCAAUUCAGUCAACUGUGUAUUAUUAUGACAAAUUUAAGCGUAAACGGAAAUAUGGAGUCUUGGAGAAUAACCCUCAUAGUGACUUUUUUGUCGUUUAUGUUGAUGUUGCUACCCAUUCCCUGAGACUCUUAUUUGACAUAGAACCCGACAAUUUCGUUGGUUUGGACGGUUUCGCCGCCACAGGUUACAAAAAUUUCGUUUUUUUAUAUGGAGGUGAGUACGUACUAGGAAAAGGAAAAUGGAACUACGAUUUUCACAUUUACGAUAUCGUAAGCGCGAAAUGGAAAACGAAAAAGUUGCCGUUUCCCAGACGCCAUUUUGAGUCUUGUGUUUGUGGACAUCAUUUAUACGUGGUUGGCGGCACUGGGCCUUUUAGGGUGAUCCAAGAAAAUUUAUUUUACUAUGAUAUACAAAAAGAGGAAUGGAGCAAAGAAAUCAAACUACCGUGUUCUGGAAGACAAAUCAAGUGUUGCGCGUUCGAUAAUAAAUUAUUCAUUCUUGACAUCAAUAAUAAGUGCGUUUACCAGUUCAACCACGACAGCGAAAAGUGGAAUAAACUGGAAAUCUGUGACAGCGAAAAUCGUCUUCCGUUUUUCUCGAAGAACUUGCAAUUUUUUGGGUGUAAGAGUAGGCUGUGCAUUAAAGAAAGGACGGUGUUUCAACUGGAAAUGCAAAACUGUAAAUUCUUCAUUUCCAACAAAAUUCAGCUACCAGAGAGUUCGAAUCCUAACGGUGGUUGCCAAGAAGAGUCGGUUUUUAGCAAUGGUACCCUACACACUCUAACUAAACAAUCUGGUGAAGAAAUAAAUCAAGAAACUGUAGCUUUAGAAUUGGUUAGUUUUAACGACAUCAGUGACUCAGGGUGUAGACAAAUCAUAAACGUCGAUAGCGAAAAUUUCAAAUUUAGAUCCUCUUUGUCGAUUUUUAAUGUCUUUCACCCGUUUUUAGUAGAAGAAAAUGACCUUAUUGGUCAUUGUGUUUAUUGAUGAAUAAAUGUUUUUGUUACUAGA